GUGCGUCAUUUUCAUCAGUCUCUUCGUGGCCAGACAUGUUUGACUCGCCACUUCGAGUUUCCUUUGCCAACUGACUCCCCACAGCCAACUCCAGCUAAUCCACCACCAGCGUUCCCAAUUUCUAUGCCUUUCACACAAACAACGAGCCCAGUUUCUGAUCUGCGAACUUGUGUCGCAUGCCCUCCAAAUGCACAUUCGUCUGAAGCGCCUGCCCUUGCUCUACCACCUACUCCCAGCACUUCUUGA